AAAACAAACAAAAUAAAAUAAACUCCGAAUUUUGAAUAAUUCCCCACAAUUUGUUGUUUGAUCUCAUUUUUGUUUUCCUGUUUCCGUUUCAAAAUUCUCCAUCUCUGUUUUUCGUCUGCUCUGCUCUUUCAUCAUCUUCUUUUUCUUCCUCUUCUUUUUCGUCUCUUUCUCAUUUUCUCAGCCGCAGAUGCUUUCAGCCAAACAUGGUCACAAUUCUUCAAGUUCCCUAGUGUUUUUCUUUAAAUACAGAAACACCCAACAAACAAUUCCUAAUUAAUUCAUCUGGGUUCUCUUUAAUUUCUCAUUUUGACCUUUCUUUUCCAUCUUAAUUUCAUUUUUCUCACUUGCCAAACACAACCCACAAAACCAAAAUACUGUUGUUAGGUUCUUAUACAUAUUACAGAACUGGAACCUUUCGAGCUAAAUGGUUUUGAAGAUUGGAAACUUCGAACGCUCCAGUACGGCGGUUGGGAUGGGAUGUAUUAUGCUUAGAAUUGAUUAUUCAAGGCUUUUUUGGGUUUUAUUCCGCCACUUUUCCUACGAGAAUCACGACGGAAAGCCGGGCAUUUAGUUCAUCCUUCCGCCGCCUUCGCCGCCACCGGUGCCCUCGAUUUGAUUAUCGCCUUUUUUCUUUCUUUUUUUCGUUUUCCUUUUUUUCCCUCUUUCUAUUAGACCCUUUGUUUGUUCGUCCAUUAUGUUAAAGAAUACUCGAGCUGGGAAUCCCAGCAGCAAACUCCAUGAUUGCAAAUCAGAAUUUGGGUACGUCGAGACCGAUCCGACAUGUCGUUACGGCCGUUUCGAAGAAGUUUUGGGAAAAGGGGCCAUGAAGACAGUGUACAAAGCCAUUGAUGAGUUUCUUGGAAUAGAGGUGGCAUGGAGUCAGGUGAAACUCAAUGAGGUCCUCCGAUCGCCCGAGGAUUUGGAACGGCUGUAUUCAGAGGUUCAUCUACUUAGCACACUUAAGCAUGAAUCGAUCAUGCGAUUCUACACCUCAUGGAUUGAUGUUGAUCACAAAACCUUCAACUUCAUUACUGAACUGUUUACUUCUGGAACGCUCAGAGAAUACGGAAAGAAAUAUAGGCGAGUUGAUAUCAGAGCCAUUAAGAGCUGGGCGAGGCAGAUUCUACAGGGACUCAUUUAUUUGCACGAACAUGACCCUCCAAUAAUACACAGAGAUCUGAAGUGUGAUAAUAUCUUUGUGAAUGGCCAUCUUGGGCAAGUUAAGAUUGGUGACUUGGGGCUUGCAGCUAUACUUCAUGGUUCCAGAUCUGCUCACAGUGUUAUAGGCACACCAGAGUUUAUGGCGCCGGAAUUGUACGAGGAGAAUUACAAUGAGCUAGUUGAUGUCUACUCGUUUGGCAUGUGUGUCCUAGAGAUGCUUACUUCGGAGUACCCUUAUAGCGAGUGUUCUAAUCCUGCACAAAUUUACAAGAAAGUCACGUCGGGGAAGCUACCAGCAGCAUUAUACAAGAUUCAAGAUGUGGAUGCACAGAGAUUUAUUAAGAAAUGCUUGGUGCCGGUUUCGAUGAGGGCGUCUGCGAAGGAACUCUUGGCUGAUCCUUUUCUCAAAGUUGAUGGAAAUAGACCUUCAUCGGUGGGGAGGACUCAAAACCAGAAGCCAUUUCUAAAUGCCAAAGAGAUGGAGAAUUUUCACUCGGGUGAAGGUUUAAGCAGGACAAACAUGACGAUCACAGGGAAGCUGAAUCCCGAAGACGAUACCCUCUUUCUUAGAGUUCAGACUGCCGAUAAAGAUGGCUCUCUUAGGAACAUAUACUUCCCUUUCGACAUAGUUAACGACACAGCAUUAGAUGUGGCAAUGGAGAUGGUGAAAGAAUUGGAGAUCUCUGAUUGGGAGCCGUUUGAAAUUGCAGACAUGAUUGAAGGUGAGAUAUCAGCUCUGGUUCCAAACUGGAAUAGAAGUGAGUUAACCAACCAUAGCCUCAGCUUCAGAUAUGCAGAAGAAGAUGAUAAUGUAUCUCAUCAUACUUUCCGCUCGGUCUCGUCGUCGUCCCAAGCAACAACUUUGGGUCUUAUCUCCUCCCCAAGAACAAACCAAAACAUUUCAAAUGGUUUUAGUUGGUUUCCAGAUGAUACGCUUGAUGAUAGCAGUUCACAAUGCUCAUCAGUGUCGGGAAAAUACUCCAACUUGAAUUAUAUCAGCAGCGAGGAGUACGAGACCAGCAUGAGUUCAGUCCAGAUAGAUCAACAUAACAACAUCAAUAAGAUUCACAAUUCCUCAAGAUUUUGUCCUAUUGAGAACCGCAAAAACAAGGAUUUUUUGGCUCAACUUCUAUACAAGCAGAGCCAAUGUGCGAUAGCAGGGUCGUCUCAAGGAGUUGCCUCUUGUCGCAAAGACAAGAGAGGAACAGAUGGUCGUAAAUUAACAAGGAACAGAUCACUAGUAGAUGUACAUAGCCAAUUGCUGCAUCGUUCUUUAGUGGAGGAAGUGAAUAGAAGACGGUUAUUCAAGACAGUUGGAGCAGUCGAAAGCAUAGGCUUUCAAGCACCUUGUGAGGUUUCUUCCAGCAAAAAGGUCUCGAGUAGGCAACCGAUUGGGAACCGAAGUAGUGAUGUAGCAAGAACGAGGAGAAACGACGAUAUUAUAUGGCAAGAUGUUGGAAGGAGAACAUGAAAAAUGAAAUGUUAUCCUUCAAGGAGAAUUGUAGAAAUGUGGGAGCUAAAGAGCUGAUUGUAAAUAGUUGAAGCUUUGGGGUCAGAAUCUGAUAGAGAAGAGGAUUGAAGGUAUAGAUAUGGCUGAGUUAUUUGGAUGAAAAUGAAAUGAAAAAUGACAAUGUUUUUGCCUUGUAUGUAUUAGUGUGUGCUUGGUUUUCAAGAUGAAGGUGCCUACCCUCCUUUCAGAAA